UUGAUCCAAUAGUACUUUUCAGGAUGACAGUGAUUAUUCUACUCCUGCUGGUACUUGCGUUUACUUUUUCUGAAGCGGAGGACAAUGAGCUGUUCUCCGUGAUCAGCACCCCCCCUGAGAAGGGCCAGAGUGUUUUACCUGGCCAGAACCAGAGCACAAGGCUAGGGGCCAAAGACCCCUCUCUCCCCAUCAACGAGCUCCUGGAAAAGGGCAUCAAAGCCGGGGACUCCAAGUACGCCCUCCACCCCCUUCCCUCGGGGGUUUGGCCCAAGCACAGUGACCCUCGCCCCGGCCUCCACAACAAGAGCAAGAAGGGCCCUAAAAAUGACCGCCUGAUUGAGCACAACAGCGAGAAGAACCGCGGUGAGGCGAGUCUAGUGCUUCCCAAAAUGCCACUGACCGCUGCCACCAACCGCACACAGAAAGUAAACGUGGACCCUCACCGGGACCCCCACACCAACUUCAACAACCCCCCACAGAGUGACCCGGACAGUCACCCCAACUCCAGAACCAGGGGCCACCCUCACUCGGCCCCCUCCCCUCGCAGGGACCCCUCAACCAGAAAGCUGGACCCGGAGGAGAACCGCCCUGGGGGGAAGUCCAGUCUGUACCAGUCCGGCGGCGCCAACCGGAAUAACAGCCGCUCAUCUGUGCUCAUCAACCGUCGCUCCUCCAGCCUGCUCUACCACUUCGACAUUCUGAAACGAGAGUCUGACUUCACUCACGAGGCCGUCUGCAUGAGUGAGUGCAGGAAGGAGAAGGAGGAGAGAGAGCACUACUGCUACAGUGAAUUUGCCGUCAAUGGGGUCGUUCACGACAUAGACGUGGUGCGUAAGGGGAUUAGACUCAUCACACUGAUGGUGAGCAGCGAUGGCUUCUACAAGAUGAGCCGUCUCUACGUCACUCCAGACAGCUUCUUUCUCAAAGUGCGUCUCCUUGUCCUGGACACCUACAAAUGUAGCAAGCCUUGUCCUGAUAUAAAACUAGGUAGCCGGUACAUUGUAAUGGGUCAGAUCUACCACCGGAGGCGCCACCUCCCCAACGACCUCCUGGCCCUGCUGGGGGGAAAACUGAAGCCAGGGGACGGCCUCCUGCGUAGCAACAACUACGUCAAGCGCUUCAACAAGAGGAGACACCAGAAAGCCCUGGAGGCCACCCGCUCCAAGUGUAGGUAAAACCAAAACAGACUAUCGCCCCCUGCAGUGGCGGAAAAGACAUUGCAGUCGUCAACAAGAAGUGACUGAGACCUAUAACCCCUACAGCAUUUCAGCAGAGACGUAGGUGGACGAGGCCAAUAUGUUGUUUUUUCCGGCAUGGACCGCCUGCACUUGUUUGUCAUAAUCCAGGUUGAGUGGUAAUGUUUUUGCUUGUCUGUCUGUACAGUCUUUACCUUGUAGCUUUGCGUCCUCUUUGAUAGAAGACACAAGUGGAGUCUAUAUCAAAGGUUCUCGUCUUUCAACCUCUGCUUGAAGUAUUGCCCCAUCAGAUUUACUAAAUGUAUUUUUAAAAACCUUUUAACUAGGUAAGUCAGUUAGAACAAAUUAUUAUUUACUAUGACGGCAUACCCGGGCCAAACACGGACAACGCUUAUUAUUGUGAAUGAGCAUAGAGUUGGAUAGAGGGCACACUUAACAAAGACAAAAGACGAGCUCUCUAGUAUAUCUCUACUCUAGUCAUUUAUUAAGAUGUCAUGGUACUUAAAAUGAUAAUUUAUUCAUGUCUGGUACUUGAAUCGGUCAGAUCAGUGCCUCUCUCAAAUUGGUUUAAUUUACGAUUGAAAAAUUCUGCCAGUGAAGCCAGAGUUCUGGUUCAAUGGAAUAAUUCAGGUAGAGGACAUUUUCAUUGGCUAAUCCGUUGUAAAACAACUUUUCAUCAGAAUGUUUUGGUUGUACCGUGUCAACGCUUGAAGAUGGUGUCUGAGCAUGUGAAUGAAGCCCAUAUUUACCCUGAGGUAGGAAGACUGCCAACUCCAGCCCCACUAUUCACGCGAACACACCCGCACAUCUCCAAUUGGCUUGUUCCAAGUUAUCCUAAUCAUCCAUGGGAAAGACAAUCUGUUCAGAUCUAGUUGCACCCUGGUGCUUCUCCAAUGGCAAGAAUCCAAUCACAUUUCCCCUUUGGAGCUUGGUAGGAAACUUUAAAGAACUUCCUACUGACUAAAUACACAAUAUCAGCAAACUCCUAUUUAUGCCUGUAAGAAAAGCUGUCACAUUUUCAUACUGUUUUGUGCCUGUCAUUUGAUUGCAGGAAAUGCACUUUUACUGUAUGUGAAAAAGAAGAGGGGGGGUUGGAUGAAAGACUGGAAAAGCAUCAACAACAAACCCCAGAGGAGGGAAAAGUUGAAAAGAGACUAAAAUAAACCUAUUUUUAUAAUAUUAAAGAUGUGUACAGUUUGAAAUAUCCAAUGGAGAAAACAGACUUCAUAAGGGAACCUGGUGGUAUUAGUGAGUGUUUUUGUAAAUCUAAUCGCGGGAAUCUGAUCCCCAGCGCACCUGGACACAUGGCGUCAGAAAAGUGUGGCUCUCCUUGCCGGUUCUCUUUGGAGAUGGUGGGGUGAAAGCGAAUGCCACCUCUGGCCCUUAUUUGUUCAUGCACACACACAAACGCAAACAUGCACACACAUCCGAUGGGGCAAAAGCUCAAAGGAGGCAUUUGAGAGUGGUAAAGGGAAGGAGAGAGGGAGGAGAGAUGGAGGGAAGGUGAAAAAGAAGGAAAAGGUUAUAGCGCCUUCAGAAAGUAUUCACACCCCUUGACUUUUACCACACUUUGUGUUACAAAGUGGGAUUAAAAUGGAUUUAAUUGUAAUUUUUGGGCAACUAUAUACACAAAAUACUCUAAUGUGAAGGUGGAAGAAAAAGUUGAACAUUUAUUACAAAUUUAUCAAAAAUAAAAUACUAAUAUCUUUAUUAGGUAAGUAUUCACCUCCCCAUAGACAAUACAUGCUAGAAACACCUUUGGGAGAUAUUACAGAGUCUUUGUAGGUAAGUCUCUAAGAGCUUUGCACACCUAGAUUGUACAAUAUUUGGCCAUUAUUCUUCAAGCUCUGUCAAGUUGGUUGUUGA